AUGGAUACAGAUACAUUUAAAAAGGAUUGUAAAGCACAAUGGAGAAACCCAGAUGAUCAUGGAAAUAUAUUCGUUAAUACUAGAAAACCUGCAUGUGAAAGAGUUAUGACCCAAGUUGAAAAUAACAAAUUACAACAACUUGGAUUAACAGAAAAUCUACAAACUCUAUUUCAACAAAUAUUAAAAAGUCAAGAAGAUAUUAAAAAGAGACUCGCGCCUCCCAUAGAAGCUUUACCCCAUAAAGAUCCCCCAAAACCGAUUGAAUAUGGUGGUUUUAUAAUAAGGACAUUAGAUGAUAUAAAACCUAUUUAUCAAGAUGAUGAAUAUGCUGAAGAUGACGAAGUAGAUGAUUAUGCUGAAGACAAUUCAAUCAUACAAGAAAUAGACGAAUUGGAAGAGAAGAUAGCUAGAGAAAACAGUGGACAAGGCAUAACUUUUUUAUCCGAUAAUAAUGAAGAAUUGCUUAAUAGAUUAGAAAUAAUAUUAGCAGCAAUGAAAGAAGGUCAUCAUUCAGACAGACAAUAUAAUGAAGUAAAUUGCAUAUUAAAAAGAUUCCUAGAGAAAGGUAUUAUAGAUAAAAAUGAUUAUAAAAACGUAAUUGAUAAAAAUAUCCAAUAA